AUGCCCUAUUUGGAGAUGGAAAGAGUGUUUGUAUACCUCCUGGAUGAGGACGCUCGUCUGACGUGCAGUGAUCCGCCGCAUGACUUUCCACAGGAGGGACGGCUCAGAGAUGCCGUCCUUCAGCAGAAGAGGGUGGCCUGUAACGGCCUGCCGUUGGCCGAUCUGCAGGGCAAGCCAGUGGCCGGCUUGGCUGCCCCCUUAGCCCCCGGCAAGCAAGUGUUAAUUAAUCCUUUGGUGGACAAGAAUUCGGGGACGGUGGUCUGUGUUAUCCUG